AUGACUACACCAAAGAUGUGGAAAAAACCAAAAGACCAGACCCGGACCACUGAAGAGGUGCUGAAGACAGAGUUGGAGUACCCAGGAGCAUGCCCAGUCCCCACCCUGACCAAGCCUGCAGCCAGUGGUACCUCCUCUUACACAGCCUCUUGCUUUGCCUGGGAUUGGGCACCUGACAUAAUGCUCCUGCUUUUAGAGACAUAUGAUUCCACCCUAAUCUACAUAAACAGUGACAAGAAAACUGCAUUCACAUUUCUACUCAAUACCACAUUCACCAGAAGGCAGCCUAAACUCGAAGAAGAGCUUUCAGGUGACAAAGUACUUGAAUCUGAACAGGAUAAAAUGAACCAAGGAUUUCAUCCUGAAAGAGACCCCUCUGACCUAAAAAAAAUGAAAGCUAUAGAAGAAAAUGGAGAAGCAGCUGAGCCAGUGCGCAAUGGUGCUGAGAGUGUUUCUGAGGGUGAAGGAAUAGAUGCUAAUUCAGGCUCCACAGAUAGUUCUGGUGAUGGGGGCGCAUUCCCCUUUAAACCAGAAUCCUGGAAGCCUUCUGAUACUGAAGGCAAGAAGCAGUAUGACAGGGAGUUUCUGCUAGACUUCCAGUUCAUGCCAGCAUGUAUACAGAAACCAGAGGGCCUGCCUCCCAUCAGUGAUGUGGUUCUUGACAAGAUCAACCAACCCAAAUUGCCAAUGCGAACUCUAGAUCCUCGAAUUUUACCUCGAGGACCAGACUUUACUCCAGCCUUUGCAGAUUUUGGAAGGCAAACAUCUGGUGGAAGAGGUGUACCUAUUUGCAAAAUGCAGAGCAGGCAUGGAUUGCCAAUCCUGGAACAGGGCAAAGCCCCAGCAUGCACUUCUCUGACGAUGUCGCACCCACCCCUGAAGAGUCUGCCUCUAGGGUUGUUGAAUGUUGUACCACGGAGAUCUCAACCUGGCCAGAGGAGAGAACCCAGGAAGAUCAUCACAGUCUCUGUCAAAGAAGACGUGCAUCUAAAAAAGGCGGAGAAUGCCUGGAAACCCAGCCAAAAACGAGACAGUCAAGCUGAGGAUCCUGAAAACAUUAAAACACAGGAACUUUUCCGAAAAGUUCGAAGUAUCUUAAAUAAAUUGACACCACAGAUGUUCAACCAACUGAUGAAGCAAGUGUCAGGACUGACUGUUGAUACAGAGGAGCGGCUGAAAGGAGUCAUUGACCUGGUCUUUGAGAAGGCUAUUGACGAACCCAGUUUCUCUGUGGCUUACGCAAACAUGUGUCGAUGUCUAGUAACGCUGAAGGUGCCCAUGGCAGACAAGCCUGGUAACACAGUGAAUUUUCGAAAGCUGCUACUGAACCGUUGCCAAAAGGAGUUUGAAAAAGAUAAAGCAGAUGAUGAUGUCUUUGAGAAGAAGCAGAAAGAACUUGAGGCUGCCAGUGCCCCAGAGGAAAGGACAAGGCUUCACGACGAACUGGAAGAAGCUAAGGACAAAGCCCGGAGGAGAUCCAUCGGUAACAUCAAGUUUAUUGGAGAGCUCUUUAAACUCAAAAUGCUGACUGAGGCCAUCAUGCAUGACUGUGUGGUGAAGCUACUAAAAAACCAUGAUGAAGAAUCCCUGGAGUGCCUGUGUCGCCUACUCACUACCAUUGGCAAAGACCUGGAUUUUGAGAAAGCAAAGCCUCGUAUGGACCAGUAUUUUAAUCAGAUGGAGAAAAUUGUGAAAGAAAGAAAAACGUCAUCUAGAAUUCGUUUCAUGCUUCAGGAUGUAAUAGACCUAAGGCUGUGUAAUUGGGUAUCUCGGAGAGCUGAUCAAGGCCCCAAGACUAUUGAACAGAUUCACAAAGAGGCUAAAAUAGAAGAACAAGAAGAGCAAAGGAAGGUCCAGCAGCUCAUGACAAAAGAGAAGAGAAGACCAGGUGUCCAGAGAGUGGACGAAGGGGGCUGGAACACUGUGCAAGGGGCCAAGAACAGUCGGGUACUGGACCCCUCAAAAUUCCUGAAAAUCACUAAGCCCACAAUUGAUGAUAAAAUUCAGCUGGUACCUAAAGCACAGCUGGGAAGCUGGGGGAAAGGCAGCAGUGGUGGGGCAAAGGCAAGUGAGACUGAUGCCUUACGGUCAAGUGCUUCCAGUUUAAACAGAUUUUCUGCUCUGCAACCCCCAGCACCCUCAGGAUCCACAUCUUCCACACCUUUGGAGUUUGAUUCCAGAAGGACUUUAACCAGUCGUGGCAGCGUGGGCAGAGAGAAGAAUGACAAGCCCCUUCCAUCUGCAUCUGCUUGUCCAAACACUUUCAUGAGGGGCAGCAGCAGUAAAGAUCUGUUAGACAAUCAGUCUCAAGAAGAGCAACGGAGAGAAAUGCUAGAGACCGUGAAACAACUAACAGGAGGCGUGGAUCUAGAAAGGAGUAUUACUGAAGCAGACCGGAACAAAACAAGGGAGUCAGUAGCUAAACCAGAAAUUCCAGCAACGUCAGCCCCUGACAAGCCUGCAUUAUCAGAAGUGGAGAUGGAGAGGAAGUCUAAAUCUAUCAUUGAUGAAUUCCUACACAUUAAUGAUUUUAAGGAAGCCAUGCAGUGUGUAGAAGAGCUGAAUGCCCAGGGUGUGCUGCAUGUUUUUGUGAGAGUGGGGGUGGAGUCCACCCUGGAAAGAAGCCAGAUCACCAGGGAUCACAUGGGCCAAUUACUCUAUCAGCUGGUGCAGUCAGACAAGCUCAGCAAACAGGACUUCUUCAAAGGUUUUUCAGAAACCUUGGAGUUAGCAGAUGACAUGGCUAUUGAUAUCCCCCAUAUUUGGUUGUACCUUGCUGAACUGGUGACCCCCAUGUUAAAGGAAGGCGGAAUCUCCAUGAGACAACUUAUCAGAGAAUUUAGCAAACCUUUACUUCCUGUUGGAAGAGCUGGGGUCUUGCUUUCUGAAAUAUUGCACCUUCUAUGCAAACAAAUGAGCCAUAAGAAAGUGGGAGCCUUAUGGAGGGAGGCUGACCUCAGCUGGAAGGACUUUUUACCAGAAGGGGAAGAUGUACAUCAUUUUCUUUUGGAGCAGAAGUUGGACUUUAUAGAGUCUGACAGUUCCUGUUCCUCUGAAGCACUUUCAAAGAAAGAACUCUCUGCUGAAGAGCUAUAUAAACGACUUGAAAAACUCAUUAUUGAGGACAAAGCAAAUGAUGAACAGAUCUUUGACUGGGUAGAGGCUAAUUUAGAUGAAAGCCAGAUGAGUUCACCUACAUUCCUUAGAGCUUUAAUGACGGCUGUCUGUAAAGCAGCUAUUAUAGCUGACUGCUCUACCUUCCGAGUAGACACUACUGUUAUCAAGCAGAGAGUGCCCAUCUUACUCAAGUACCUAGACUCGGAUACAGAGAAGGAACUGCAAGCACUUUAUGCCCUGCAAGCAUCAAUAGUAAAACUUGAUCAAACUGCCAAUUUGCUCCGGAUGUUCUUUGAUUGCCUGUAUGACGAAGAGGUGAUUUCUGAGGAUGCCUUCUACAAGUGGGAGAGCAGCAAGGACCCCGCAGAGCAGAACGGGAAGGGUGUGGCCCUGAAGUCUGUCACAGCUUUCUUCACGUGGCUGCGGGAGGCCGAAGAGGAGUCUGAGGAUAACUGA